AUGGCUCCGUACGAAGGGUGGGCGGUGGCGCGGGAAAGCACGGGAUUGGCGCGGAUUGGCACUAACACAGUGCAGUUGGCGAUUGUAUACCAUUCCCACUAUCGGUAUGCCACCGGCCAGUGCGCUACUUGCGGCGCGCAACUCCUGCUCAAGUACGCGCACCGUAGCAUGUGCUGCCGCUAUGCGUGUCUUAAGGCGGCUGCGGCGAAGCGGCGGGCGCGGCAUGCCGAUGGCAGUGCGGACGAUGCGAUCGUGGCGGUGCUUGGCAUGCACUUCUGCGAUCCCAAUCAGCUCAUCGCAACGAAGCAGCGCAACAAGCUGGCUGCUGCCAACAAGGCCCUAUGCUAG